GGUGGCUUGGGCGGUCACAGCUCUGGGGAGCAGCAGCUGUCAUCUCUGCCUCCAGCUUGAGCCCCUCAGUCAUGGUCUAGGGCAGGAUGCCUUCCUCCAGGCUGCCUCAGGCUUGGCAAGGUGCAAUAAAUGGCAAGUAAAUGAACUGGGGCAAAGAGAAGUUAAAUAACUGAAGUGAUGUGUGCUCAGAAUGCCCACAUUUCAGUGUCUCUUCUAUCCAUUUUAUGUCAGGAUGCCACAGUAGCAGCCUGGAGGCUGGACAACACUCCCCAGGGCAACAUUCUCCUUGAGCUGUUCUGCUGGGCUGCCACUCUCCUGGCUCCCCUCCUGCCACUGCUGUGAGCUCUGUGGUCGCUGGUUGGCCUGGAAUGGCCCCAGGCCAGGAGAAAUGCCAGCUCAGUGAGCAUGUGCCCACCAGGGCCAGGGGCUGCUGCCAGCGUCGGGGCCACGUGAGCCUUUCUCCAGAUCCCCAGACAUGUUAAGAGUCUCCUUCAUUUGGUGAAGGUAUGAAGUAAACAUCUAGUCAGGGAAUGAAGGAAUCUGGCUGCUAAACGAAGAGGUGUCUGCAGUAGGCCGCAGUCCAGGGCUCCCCAAAGGGACAACAGAAGGGCAGCUUUAUUCCCAAGUGCCCGUCGGCUGUCACUCCUCUGUGCUCCUGGCACCCCAGCUGGGCGAGGAGACGGCUCUUUGGUCCAUCUGAGCCCUCAGCAUCAGACCUAACUUCAGCCUGCUCCCAAAGCGACCGGGAGGGCUCAAGGUGUGAGGAGCAUCCUGCCUGAUGCUGUAGUUUUACCAUGGAAAGACUGGUAUUUUUGACAAGCCUUUGUUUGCUGCUAACCAGUACGCAGCAAGAACCAUCAUUUCUCAUCACCGCCCCAAAUGUGGUGCAUUUGGGUGCACAGGAGACAGUAACCGUUCAAGUUCAUGGAGCAAAGAGCCCUGUUCAUGUUACUGCAUAUUUCAGAGAUGAGGCGAAAAAUCGGCUUUUAUCAGAUAGGAUCAGCUUUAACCUUAACCAAGAGAACAACUACCAGGAGAUAAAAAAAAUAAUGGUCAAGCCAGGAAGUCUGCAGCAGGAUGCAUUCAAGAAGAGUAAAAGUCCACGUAUUCUCCUUGUCACUGAAAGCAGGCAGCUUCAUAAAGAUGCUGUUAAAAAAAUCAGCAUCCUCCUGUCGUCCAAGAGGGGCUACAUUUUCAUUCAGACUGACAAGCCUAUAUAUACUCCAAAUUCUAAAGUAAGAUACAGGAUCUUCAUUCUGGACAAUGCUAUGAGGCCAGUGGAAGAUACAGUUACAGUUGCUGUGCUUAAUUCAAAGGGAAUGGUGGUUAUGAAGACAGAACGGAAAAUAAAAACAGUGCUCAGUGAAAAUUUUGAAAUACCUGACAUUGCCGAGCCUGGAAUUUGGAAAAUCAGAGCCUGGUUUCAGCAAUAUGAAAUGUCCAAUGCUUCAGCUGAAUUUGAAGUUAAAAAAUAUGAACUUCCAUCUUUUGAAGUCAAACUGAUCCCACUUCAGCCAUACUACUCCAUCUGGGAUGAAAACUUUAUAUUUGAUAUCGAGGCAAUGCACUCUUAUGGAAAAGGGAUUGAAGGUAUUGCAUAUGUACGAUUUGGCAUAAUUGAUGAAACUGAGAAUAAAGUCUUUCUUCCAGGCCUGGAACAACAGCUGUCAAUUCAAAAUGGAAAAGGAAGAGUUACUUUAACUACAUCACUUCUGGAAGAGAAAUUAAAAGCAAGUAUUUCCACUGUGGAAGGAUUUCGUUUAUAUGUAGCGGUUACUGCUGUAGAAACUGCAAGUGGAGAGAUGAGGGAAGAGGAACUCAGCAAUGUGAAGUUUGUGAAAUCUCCUUAUGCUGUUGAUUUGUCUAGCACCAAAAAGUAUUUUGUGCCUGGAGCCCCCUUCUCUGUUGUGGCCUCUGUCACUUUGGUUGAUGGCUCUCCUGCUGCCUCUCUGCCUGUCACUGCUACUAUCACCUUACCUGGAAAGCCCUCCAUGAAAAAGACUGCACUUUCUAACAAUGACGGCUUAAUCCCCCUCACAUUUGACAUCCCUGCAGAUGCCCAGACUCUUCAAAUAAUGGUAAAGGCUGAAGAGGGAAAAGAAAGAUUAGAAUCACCUGAAACCAGUAUCAGAGCUGAAAGAUACCAGUCUGCUACCCGCAACUACCUUAGCAUCAGCAUCCCACAUACUGUCUUGGCACCUGGAGAUACUUUACGAGUCACCUUAAAUGCCAUUCAUCAGUCUGGCAGUGGAAAGAUUGACUACUUCUAUUACAUGGUUAUAGCAAAGGGACAAGCUGAGCUGUUGGGAAGGGUCUCCUCCUCAAACAAAGUAAUAAACCUCAAAAUCACUGAGAAGAUGGUGCCUGCUUUUCGCUUCUUGGCUUACUACUUCAUUGCGAACCAGGGCCGUCAGGAGAUUGUUGCUGAUUCUGUAUGGGUAGAUGUUAUGGAUGUCUGCGAAGGAAAGAUUAAAGUGAGAACAGAACAUGAGAUGUAUGAACCAACAGACAACAUCAAUUUACAGAUUGAAACGGACCAUGCAGGAACUGUUGCCUUAGCUGUGGUUGAUAAAGCAGUAUUUAUUCUGAACAAGAAAAAUAAACUCACAUCCAAAAAAGUAUUUAAGGCAAUGAAUUCAUAUGAUCUUGGAUGUUCUGCAGGCGGUGGUGCAGAUAGUGCUCAAGUUUUUACUGAUGUUGGUCUUGCCUUUUUAUCAGACACAAUUCAAUCCAAUGUUCGGGAAGGGUAUACGUGCCUCCAGGCUACCAGAAGGCAGAAGAGAUCUUUGGAUUUCCGGAAGAAAAUGUUAGGAAUUGUUAGCAAAUAUCAAGAUGCUGGUCUACGGAAAUGCUGUGAAGAUGGAAUGAAGUUAAAUCCCAUGAAGUUUUCAUGUACAAAAAGGUUAACAAGAGUGGCUGGCUCUCCUGAAUGCAGAGAAGCUUUCAAGGCCUGCUGUGAAAGUGCUGUAGCCCUCAGGAAGGAGGAGGCAGCGAAGAGGAGAACCGCAGUGAGCUUAGCACGAAACUAUGAUGAGGAAGAAGAAAUAUUUGAAGAAAUGACUCUCAAUUUGCGCAGUUAUUUUCCUGAAAGCUGGUGGUGGUAUUUAAAAGAAGUGAAAAAUCCUGGAAACCAUAGUGUAACCAACAUUGCUCCUGACUCUAUAACUAGCUGGGAAGUCCAGGCAAUAAGCAUAUCUCCCCAAAAAGGAUUUUGCAUAGCUGACCCCUACACCUUUGAUGUUUUCAAAGACUUUUUUGUGUCCUUGAGAUUACCAUACUCAGUUAAACGACAUGAACAACUGGAAAUAAAAGCAGUGAUUUACAACUAUCUGCCCAAUGAUCUCCAGGUCACAGUGAAAAUGGAUGCGGUGACGGGGCUGUGCACUGCAGAAGCAACAGGGAAGUCAGUGCAGCUGAAACUGGAGGCUAAGGGGAACUCAGCAACACCAGCCUAUUUCUCAGUUGUUCCUCUGAUUGUGGGAGAAAUUCCAAUUACUAUUACUGCUUUGGACUCAAAUUUUGGGCAUAGCGAUAGCAUUAGAAAGAACCUCAAGGUUGUGGCUGAAGGUGUUUUACAAAGAGAAGAACAGACAGUUUGCAUUAAUAGCGACUUAAGAUCCUAUACACUGGAUCUCAGCACACCAUCUGAUAUGGUACCGGGUUCUGAGAGUCACAUGUUUGUUAGCCUGAAAGGAAAUCCUAUGGGUGAUUCUGUUGAAAACUGUCUUAGUCUCAAUGGAACUGAGAAACUCAUUCAAGUGCCGACGGGCUGUGCAGAGCAAACAAUGGUGAAAAUGGCUCCCACAGUCUAUGCUAUUGAGUACUUGGAUGCCAGUGAGCAGUGGAAGAACUUUAAUCCUGAACGAAAGGAUGAAGCCAUUAAGAUGAUUGAAAAAGGUUACACAAGACUGCUUGAAUUUCAGAAGGAUGAUGGUUCUUAUGGAGCCUUUAAAACAACACCCAGUAGUGUUUGGUUAACUGCAUUCAUUGUUAAAGUACUCACAAGGUGCAAAGAAUACAUUAUUGUGGAAGACAGUCACAUACAGAACUCGGUAUCCUACUUGCUUAGUCAACAGCAGGCAGAUGGUUCAUUCCAUGACCAUCAUCCAGUAAUGGACAGGAAAAUGCAGGGCGGCAUUGGGUCAGCAGGAGAAGACUUGGCAUUGACAGCCUUUGUAACUAUAGCACUGCAACAGACUCUACAGGUUUACAAAGAAUCACCUGAUGUGGUACAAGCUGUUAGAAAAUCAGUGGUUUACAUGAAUAAUGAACUUCCUGGAAAUUCUGACUGCUAUUCUACAGCUGUUGCUGCUUAUGCUCUGACGCUUGUUCAGCCUGACAGUUCUCAGUCCCAGAGUGCAAAAGAAAAAUUAAGGAGCUGUUCUGUUUUAGAUACAGUAAAGCAGCAGCGCUACUGGGGAAAUGGCAACAAUGCAGUCUCAGUGGAAACCACUGCCUAUGCUUUGCUUCAAACAUUGCUCUUGGAAGAUAUGGAGUAUGCAGUACCUAUUGUUACGUGGCUAACAGAAAGAAAGAAUUACGGUGGAGGAUUCUGCUCUACACAGGACACAGUUGUGGCCCUGGAAGCAAUGUCAGCAUACAGCAUAAAGACACUGAAUACUGUUCCCACCAACUUGACUGUAAGAAUAGGAGCACCUGGAAGGCGAGAAGACUACACUAUCAUUUUGACCGAUACUAAUGAAGGGAUUCAGAAGAUGCUAGAGUUCGAUCCUGGGAGAAAACUUGAAGUGUCUGUACAAGGCAAAGGAAAUGGGACAAUGAGUAUAUUAAAAAUGUACUGGUCACCUGAGCUGAAAAACAAUCCAUGUAAUGACCUGAUUUUGACAGUGGAAGUGCAAGGGAAGAUUAAGUAUUCUGAAACUGUAUACUCUGAGGAACACUAUGAUUAUGAAGAUUAUCCUACUUCAGUCUCCAGUGAUUCUGAAACCCUGUCUAGAAUGGACUGGUUUGAUAUCCGCAGCAGAAGGAAAAGGGAUGUGAUCUCGCCCAGUAAAACAGAAUCUCUGCAGUACAAAAUCUGUGUCAGGUCCACGGGUUCCAACCCACCAAAGAUGUCCCUGGUCGAUCUCUCUCUGCUGAGUGGCUUGGAGCCUGACACAAAUGAUCUUGAACAGUUGGUAAUGUCUUCAGAUCAAUAUAUUCAGCACUUUGAGUACAAGGAAGGAAAGGUUCUGCUCUACUUUGGUGAGCUCACAAGUGGACCAGAGCCAGACUGUAUAAUAUUUGGGGCAAAGCAAAUUAAUCCAAUGGGCUUGGUUCAGCCAGCAAAUGCCAUCUUGUAUGAUUUUUACAGCCCAGACAGAAAGUGCAGUGUCUUCUACAGUGCUCCCCAGCACAGCGCCAUGCUUGCCAAGGUGUGCCACGCUGAAGUUUGCCAGUGUGCAGAAGGUCCUUGCCCAAGACAAAAAUCAACUUUCAGUAAAAACCUGAACGAAAACUCACGCUUUAAUUUUGUGUGCUAUGAGCCUAUUGCAGAUUAUGUCUAUGAAGUGGAGCUCCUCAACAGUACACAGAAGAAUGUUUUUGAUUACUAUGAGGUCAAAAUCCGGAGAAUCCUUAAAUUCACUGCUGAUGAAACCGUCCAAGUAGGAGACCAUCGACAGUUCCUAAAGCGCUCUAGUUGCACGCUAAGCAUGGCAAUUGGCAAACAGUACCUUCUCAUGGGGAAAGAUGGGCAAACCGUUGAUUGCAACAACAAGAUGCAGUACUUCCUUGACUCGCAAGCCUGGGUGGAGAAAAUUCCAGAAGACAGGGAGUGCCGCACCACCCGUAACCGGCAAGCCUGUGCUUACCUGCAGGGCUUCCUGAACAAGUCUGACAACCUCUGCCUUUUCUGAAAGGUUGCUUUGCUCCUCGCGUCCUACCUGUGUUACUGCAACUCCGCUCCUGCCUGAUUUUUUCUUGCAAAUCCUGUACAUCAGAGAGGCACCUGAGACACUGCAGAGCUGCUUCCAUUGCUGUCUGUUUUUCUUUGAGUGGUGUACUUGCUGAACGGGAUAUCUUCCUGUAGAUGUACAUGUGGGGGCGGUAUGGUAAAAACUGCAGUUAUUGUGUCUACUUAUUGUGUUUACUGUCCCCUAUGCUGGUGAAGAGGGAGCAGAAAUUUCUGUCUCCCUGACCCAUUACUGAAUGGUGUAAUUAUACUGGAGGGGAUCAAAUGAAAAAGGUUUUUUUUUUUAAUAUAAUAUUGUGCUUGCAGAGCUGGUUGAUUCCCUCAGUCUCUGUCAAUGGAUAUGAAGGAGACCAAGAAAUUUGCAUGGGUCAGAAAGAAGACUGGGCAUUCGUGGGCUUACCAAGUACAGCUUGCUGCUGAAAUAAAAGAUAUUAGCACUCACGCUUCAGCACAUUGUUUCUGUGAGACCUCAUAUGGGGAAACAAAUGAACCCACUUGUACUCACACUAGGAUUCCCAUCCACAGUUUUGAAACUGGAACUGGCUCAGCAUCAGGGGUGGACAACUGGUCUGGAUGUACCUGACCCCAGAGUGGGUCUGUUACUUAGUGCUGUUAGUGCCAGUAUCUUGCUGAGGGCACAGAGUUGUUUUCCGACUGUACUCUGUUGUCACAUAUCUUUCAAGCUUUUCUUUUCCAUAGUUUAGUUAAU